CGCAAGACUCGUAGCCGCAUGGUCGUGCGAAGCGCCCGAGCCCGAGCCCGAGCUUCGAACGCGAUGCCGACUUUGUUUACCGAACUUUUUAUUCAAAUAAAAUGACAUUUUGAAUUUCGAAUUCCAAACGCAUGGAGAUUACAGUAUGCUAGUGAAAAAAAUAAAUAGUGGAACUUCUUUAGUGAAAUUGUAAACAUGUAAAUUAUCGAUGGUGUGAAAAUUAAUCAUAAUUUGGUGGCAGUAUGGUGGAUGCUGGUGUUAAUGAGUGCGAUAACACCAUAAAUGGGAGGAACCAAUUUGUGUUUCUUGUAUUUGUGCAUUUACUUCUCAUUGGACUGAAUGGAACUAAUGCACAGAACAGAGCGCCCCGCAUCAAGGAGCACCCGUCUAACACAGUGUCAGGGCGCAGUGAGCCCGCGACCUUGCGAUGUGUAGUCGAAGGCAGACCGAAGCCCUAUGUGCAGUGGUACAAAGAUGGAUCGCCGCUACCACAAGCAGAGGACGGCCAUAGAGUGCUUUUAGAAGACGGAUUGUUAUUUUUAAGGGUGAACCGGGGUAAGAAGGAAAGCGACGAGGGUGUAUACUGGUGCGUCGCACGCAAUGUCGCUGGCGAGGCCGUCAGUCACAAUGCCUCGCUUAACGUCGCAGUUCUUCGAGACGAAUUCCGUGCUGAGCCAAGAGAUGUCCAUGUAGCGGCAGGUGAACCAGCUCUAUUGGAGUGUUCACCACCUCGCGGUGUUCCAGAACCUUCUGUACAUUGGCUCAAAGAUGGACAGUUGUACGACGUUGAAGUUAACGGCAGGGUAACAGUAACAGAUACAGGAAGCUUAAAGAUCUUAGAAACACUACCGACAGACAGCGGUCUGUUCCGAUGUGUAGCAUCAAACAUAGCCGGUGAAAGGCAGUCGCGAGCCGCGGCACUAAUUGUUCUCAGACGACCACACUUCGUUGUUAAACCUAGUAACGUAACCGCCCUGGUUGGGCAAACUGUCGAGUUCAACUGUCAGAGUUAUGAUGCAAGCGUAAAAAUAACAUGGGUCAAAGAAGACGGCUCGUUGCCCUCCCAUGCCACAGUUAUCCGAGGGCUAUUAAGACUGGAGCAUGUGUCGGCUAUGGACGCCGGCGUCUAUUCGUGCCGGGCCGACAGCCACGCCGGCACCAGUAUCACCAGCGCUACACUCACAGUUUACUCCUUACCGCACUUCACGCAAAUACCGUCCAAUCUGACCGCAUGGGAGGGCGAUGUGGUUUCCAUUCCAUGUGAAGCUAAAGGCUUACCUACACCGACCACUUUUUGGAUUCUCGAAGGAACUCAAGAUUCUUUGCUUUUCCCGGAAUGCACGAAAAGUAAUACGAGCUUAUUAUAUUUGGACGGGGCGCGCUCUGAACAUAGUGGGAGAGUGAUUUGCACAGCUGUCAACGCAGCUGGCAGUAUUAUGCAAGAGGCUUAUCUUAAAGUACUAAAAAAACGAAACAAUGAUCUAAAAGAACCUUCUUUGGAUCGUGAAUACAGUGUAGAUUAUGAACGUGAGACGCAUAUGACGCAAUACGAACUAGUUCAAGCGAGGAAAUAUUUGCAACAAAAUGUGUUAGUUCUAAAAAGGAUAGAGGCAUUAUCUUCCACAUCUUUAAAAGUUGUUUGGGAUGUACUGACCGACUACAAUGAAUAUUUGGAAGGUGUAAAAAUUUGGUACAAUGGAACAACACUGAAUUGGCGCAAUGCAACUGAUGAAGAAAUUAUUUUAUUGAAUCCGGCUCAUCCAGACGUCCUGUGCUCAAACGGCUCUCUGAUGAACGUUGACAAUAGUGGUUCAUCGAGCUAUACCCUAACAGGAUUGAUGGCAUACACACAAUACGAUAUAUUCCUGAUGCCGUUCUACAAGAUGUUGUUAGGGAAACCUUCGAAUUUAAUGACGGGGUACACGGACGAAGAUGUGCCUUCGGCGCCGCCCCAAAGCGUUACGGCGGGCGUAAUAAACGCAACUUCGGCGUGGAUACGAUGGGAACCGCCACCUGUGAGCACGUGGAACGGUGAACUUACAGGCUACUUGAUCGAGAUCCGUGUGGGCGGUAGUACUGGCGGUCGCGUAGUCGGUCAGAUGUCACUGGGCGCUCGAACACGGGCUGCCGUGGCUAGCUCACUGCGGGCUGGCGGCCGGUACAGCGCACGCGCCGCCGCUGUCACACGGCGCGGACACGGCCCCUUCAGCGCGCCCGCGCACAUACACAUGCUGCCCACACAGUCGCAGAGACAUUAUGUGCAGACUGAACCACCAAAAGAUUCCAACAUAACGCACAUAUUUCAAGAAACUUGGCUCCUAGCUCUCGGACUAACAUUGUUCUCCGUAAUCGCUAUCGGCGUAUUCAGCGUUUAUUACAUCAAGCGCCGAAACAAUAUUCAGAGGAAGAAAUCCACUGGUCAGUCAAUUGUGACGGCUCAACAGUGCCUAUUGAAUAAAGACACUAUCUGGUUAAGAGACCGGCCUGUUUUCGCCGCCCCGACCGAUCCCACUUUAGACGUAAGCAGCUGUCACCAGAGUCUUCUUCACGGUGGGCAAUCAACGAGCAUUCUAAGUGUCGAGCCGGAGUACAGUCUGCCUCAGAAUUCCAUUCAAGGAUUAGACGCUUCGAGUGUCGACAGAAUGCGGCGCGGACCACCGGAACCUUACGCGUCCAGCGCCAUUUACACUGAACUCAAUUUCAAGGACAAUAACGACAUCGGAGAUCUGAGAAAUUGUCCAGAAAGACGAUCCCACAACAAUAGCAUUGUUAGAUCGUGCAAUGGAAGCAUUCAGUACUCGAACGGGGAAUGUUCGACGUGUUGCCAUAGCACGUCCAGCAGAUCAACUAAAGACUAUAGAGAGCCGAGACAUGAGAACGCACAUAAUGACAUUAAUGUCCUAGAGGACGACUGCGCCUCUUGUCAUACAAAUAGGUCCGGAUCAAGGAGUCGACAAGACAAAAGCAAAGUGUGUCCGGCGAGUGAUUUAGAGUACGACUAUCCACAGUGGCACUGGCUGGGCAGGGAGAACAGUUUCAAAAUUCCCAUUCAGACGAGUAGACAUUCGAAUGUAGCGAGGUCGGAGCAGGGCUGUCAAAUAAAUCUGUGUGAUAUACUGCCGCCACCACCGUAUGAGAGUCCAGAAAACAAGACCGUGUAUGGAACCCCAAAUAAUUGACGUGUAUACCUUUUUGGAAGAGGAAAACAAAGCAAUAAUCAACAUUAUCUUUUCAAAUUUUAAGGAUAAGUUACGUGAAAAUUUGGAAGUUGUUAGUGAUGUUCAUAAUGUGGAACUGAAAAAUUAAGAUGGUAUUAGGUGUAGGUAGAUAAUGUAUAACUUAAUAUUCGUCAGACAAGAUCAUAACCAUUGUAGUUUAGCCAUAGUAGUGCUUGUAAUAUGUAGAUACCGAACUUUUGAUAUUUGUAUCUCGUAAUUUAUUCCUAAUCUAUAUUCUAGUCACAGUACAUAGGACUAGUUUUGCCAUUGGUAUACACUGUACUUUCUAUAAGCUAACCUUUUGUACCGAUACUCCACGUUUUGAGGUUGUUAACAUUUUUACUGUGAACGUAGAUUACUAAUUGAAGCCCUGCAUUUCACUGCCAUAUACCUUUAGGAUUUUCUAGAAUAUUAGUUAUAUAAUCUUUGACUGUGAUAUUUAUAUUAAAUUUGUGUAUUAGAAAUAAAUGUAA